AUGCAGGGAGCUUUUGUUGAGUUUCCUGAAGUUGGAUCGAUUUGGGUCAGCUUCCUCUAUGAGUACCUCCCUAAAUACUGUUUUCUUUGUGGCUGCCUGGGGCAUCCAAGCCGUGUCUGCUUGGACAAAGUUGGAGAGUGUUCACCCCAACGUGGUGGGGUGGAAACCUUUUAUGCUUUCGCUGGUCUUGAGGCUGUUGAGGAUAUGCGAGGCAGGCCUUUAAAAUCUGUUCUUUGUAGGGCGGCGCAUGGAAGCCCAAAUUCAGGUUCAUGGCGGCCUCAUGAGCAACAUGCACCGGAGAAUGGGCUGUCCCUGGCAGAAACUAUCCGGAAGCAAAGGGAGCUCGAUGCACGCCGCAAGCAGGUUUUAGCCCAAGCCUGGGAUGCAGGUCUGAUUGGUUCAGGAGGAGUGAUUCAUGGGGCUAUGGCAGCUACUGCUUCGACCUCGGUUUCCAUUGCGGUGGCUGAGCCGUUUGAGCCUGAGGUCAGUCCCCUGGUGGUAGAGGCUCCUAGUUUUCUUUGCGGGGCUGAUCCUUUGUGCCCUAAACCACCCCAUCGGGACCAAUCUUUGAGGAGCUGUGGCAAAAGAGGUCGUGUAGAUUUUGAACCUAGGGUUGCUGGCAUUGAGACUGGGGUUUCAAGCACUGAGACGGGACUUGGGGAUGAGGUUGUUGGGGAUUCCAGAAAGCGAAGAUUACUGUUUCUUGAGGAUUCAGAGCAAAUAGUAGAGACCGGCAUUGACCUGUCUCCAUGGUCGCCAUGA